CUUCCUAGGGUCUGACCUUCCCUACUGUCCAGAACCUGCUCCGGUCUCCCGCCGCCUCCCGGAACCACCCGUGUCCCCUAGCUGCGAGUCUACCUGACUCUGCUCUGGUAUUUUUUUUUCCUGUUAGCGGCGCUAGGACCCGUCUAGCCUCGGGGCUCUCCCCGGCUCUCUCUGACGUUAGCUGGAGAUGGGCAGGCAUCGCUGCUCUUGAGCUACAGGCGCUAAAUCGCCCCUGGAUUGGAGCCGGCACAGGAUCCCACCGGGCCCGGGCUCUGACUGUUAACCGAACCGGCCGCGCUCAGCUGCCGCCGCCGCCACCCAGACAAGCAGCUCGGGACUUGCAGGAAGCUGAUAACCUCUUACAAUGGGAGCUGUGGUAAUUGAUGAUGGUCCAUCUGGAGUUAAAGCCCCAGAUGGCGGCUGGGGAUGGGCUGUUCUCUUUGGGUGCUUUGUCAUCACUGGAUUCUCCUACGCUUUUCCUAAGGCCAUGAGUGUCUUCUUUAAGGAGCUUAUCCGUGAAUUUGGUAUUGGAUAUAGUGACACAGCAUGGAUCUCCUCCAUUCUGUUGGCUAUGCUUUAUGGAACAGGUCCCCUGUGUAGUAUGUGUGUGAAUCGGUUUGGUUGCCGUCCUGUUAUGCUGGUUGGAGGCCUCUUUGCUUCAUUGGGGAUGGUAACUGCGUCCUUCUGCAACAGCAUCAUCCAGGUCUAUGUUACAGCUGGAGUCGUUACUGGUUUGGGUCUUGCACUCAACUUUCAGCCUUCACUCAUCAUGCUAAAUCGCUACUUCGACAAACGUCGCCCUUUGGCCAAUGGGCUGGCUGCAGCUGGAAGCCCUGUUUUUCUUUGUGCUCUUUCACCAUUGGGGCAGGUACUGCAGCAUGAAUAUGGAUGGCGAGGGGGAUUUCUUAUCCUGGGUGGGUUGCUUUUGAACUGCUGCGUUUGCGGAGCUCUGAUGAGACCUCUGGAACCUCCUAAGAAAACAGAAGAUUCCAAAGCAGUCUCUGAGAAAAAAAUCAAGAAAAAACUACUGGAUUUCGGUGUUUUUAAAGAUCGAGGCUUCCUAAUCUACACCGUGGCUGCAUCCAUUAUGGUAUUGGGCUUGUUUGUGCCCCCAGUUUUUGUGGUGAGCUAUGCUAAGGAUCUGAAGUAUCCAGACACCAAAGCAGCUUUUCUCCUGACCGUCCUUGGAUUUGUUGAUAUCUUUGCUCGACCGAUUUGUGGAAUAUUGGCUGGCUUGAAAUGGGUUAGGCCCCGCUGUGUCUACUUCUUUAGUUUUGCUAUGCUAUUUAAUGGCUUCACUGAUCUCAUGGGAUCAAUGUCCUACAAUUAUGCUGGCCUAGUGGUCUUCUGCAUUUUCUUUGGCAUUUCCUAUGGAAUGGUUGGCGCGCUGCAGUUUGAAGUACUCAUGGCUAUUGUUGGUACACAGAAGUUUUCCAGUGCCAUUGGCUUGGUCCUUCUGGUUGAGGCAAUGGCUGUUCUGGUUGGACCACCUUCAGCAGGUAAAAUCUUGGAUGCAACCCAUAAAUAUAUGUAUGUUUUUAUCAUUGCUGGUGUUGAAGUUGUUACCUCAUCUCUCGUGCUGGCUAUAGGAAAUGCUUGUUGCAUUAAGAUAAAACCAGUGCAUUCACAAGCAAAAGAAGAUGUAGCAGAAAGAGAGGAGUUAAACAAACAGCCUGAAGACUCCAAAGUGGACUCUAUUGAAGUGGAACAGUUUCUGAAAAAGGAACCUGAAAAAAAUGGGGAAGUUGUCACUAAUCCAGAAACAUGUGUGUGAGUGUGAUAAGGAUGAAUGUCAUAUAUUUAGGAAAUUCAAGUAACUUUAACACUCUUGUUUAUUUUAGAAUUAGAACUAGCUUAGAGCUGGGCCAUCUGUUUGCCAAACUGGAGGCCAACCAGCUCAUGACUUCACUCUUUGGAAGCUAACUCUCCCCCCCCUUUUUUGGAAACCCCCCCCCCACUUAAAACAGGAUUGAUCUUCAAGUUAAGCUGCUUGGCCAUAACUACAGAUGUAAACAAAACAAAUGGCCUUCUAAAUACACAUAGAGGCCCCUGCUAUGCAUCACCAGAAAAACUCUCACUUGGAUGAAAAUGUGUUUUAACUAGAGAGGAAUUAUACAUAAACUAUCUGUUUUUAUGCGUGUGGAGCACCUUAAUGUAUCUUCCAUGUCUGUGUCUGCUUUAGGAGGAAUGGCUUAGCAAGAAAAAAUCUCAGGGACUUGGUAGUCUCCAGUAGGUUUUUAAAAGCAUACUUUUCCAAAUAUUUUUAGAUCUUUGGCUCAGCCCUAAUCUAAUUUUGAUAACAUGUACAAUUUUCAAUGACUUUUGGUUUGUCAAUGUAUUUUUAUGAGUUUUUGUUUUACUUGUCAUUUUUACUGGAAAUAUGAUGAUAUAUAUAUACCAAGAAAGGCACUGAGAUUCUUCCUAGGAAACCUCAUAGCUGCUGUUCCCAAAUAGUGUGAAAAACAAAACGAAAUUUCUGUAUAACCCUAAAAGGCCCACAGAGCAAGCUGUCCUUAUAAACUACCUGUUGACCUCUGGUUUUAAGUGCAGCCUCUUCCGAGAAUAUCCUAUUUUGGACAGAGUUUUGUACAGAUAAUUACUUUGAAUGGAUGGAUGCAAAGACACCCCCCCCCCCCAAAUUGAUGAACACUAAUUUCCAGAAUGAAAUUAAACUGGACGAGGGGAACCACACACACCUUGUGUAGAAAGCUAUUAUAAAAAGGUGCAAGUUCAUUUUUAUAAAAUAAAAUAUUGUAAAAUAAUGCUCUCCCAGUAUUUAAAUAUAACGAGGGACUUACAGAACUGUCAGCCCUGUUACUAAAUGGAAUGGGUUAAAGGAAGAAUUACAGGAGCCAAGAGGACUGUUUGCCUUUUACCACCCCACAGUCUUCUG